ACUCCCCGCCCUCUCCACCAUGUUGGCUGGAUCAGGAAGUGGUAAGCCGAAGAAGAAGCUCGAAUCUGAAGUCUGAGUACCAACGUUACCAACACCGACCGUCUUCAUUCGCCCCCCCACACGGAUUCCACCACUUGUCCUAUUCGGCGUACAUGCUGGGCGGCCUCCCGCUCGCUCGAGGCAUCCACUUUUCUCCGGAUCGGACCGUUUCACAGCGCCAGACAUGUCCUCUCUGACGCAGAGAAACUCGGGCCUCGUCCAGCGGCGAACCGAGGCCACACGUAGCGCCGCCGCCGACAAGGAGAGGGAGCCCGACGCGGAUGAGGAGGACGCGCGCCGCGGCGAGGAGGACGAGGACGACAAGGGGGACUCGAAGGAGACCCGACUCACGCUCAUGGAGGAGGUCCUGCUCCUGGGCCUCAAGGACCGAGAGGGCUACACGUCCUUCUGGAACGACUGCAUUUCGUCCGGCCUCCGAGGCUGCAUGCUCGUCGAGUUGGCCCUCCGGGGGAGGCUCCAGCUGGAGGCCUGCGGCAUGAGGAGGAAAAGUCUGCUCUCCAGAAAGGUGAUCUGCAAGUCUGAUGCUCCGACCGGAGACGUGCUUCUGGAUGAGGCCUUGAAGCACAUUAAGGAGACGCAGCCUCCCGAGACGGUGCAGAGCUGGGUAGAGCUACUGAGCGGAGAGACCUGGAGUCCCUUUAAGCUGCACUACCAGCUGCGUAACGUCCGGGAACGACUGGCCAAAAACCUGGUUGAGAAAGGCGUCCUCACCACGGAGAAACAGAACUUCCUGCUUUUCGAUAUGACUACCCAUCCGCUUACUAACAGCACCAUCAAACAGCGGCUGGUGAAGAAGGUCCAGGACUCUGUUCUGGAGAAGUGGGUGAACGACCCUCACCGCAUGGACAAGCGCUUGCUGUCUCUGAUCCUGCUGGCGCACUCGUCGGACGUCCUGGAGAACGCCUUCGCGCCGCUGCACGACGAGCAGUACGACCUGGGCAUGAAGAGAGUGCACACGCUCUUGGAGCUGGAGCCCGAGAAGGAGAGCGCCAAGCCUGGCGCCAAUGAACUCAUGUGGGCCGUGGUGGCCGCCUUCACCAAAUGAAGAGGAAAAACACAGUUUUGUUUUUUUCUUUGCUUAUCCGUUCUAUUUUUUUUUUCUUUCUUCUCAAAGCGAGCGAUGCAGUCGGACCCUGAAUUAUUACUGAAGGACUUCAAACGAGACUCUAAAGAGACAAUCCAAUUCAGGUCGGCGGGGGUUGGGAGGGGGGGGAGCCAUUUUGUGCGGUCAAUGUUGAUGUUUGUAUCCCAGUGCAAUCUUCAUUGGUGGUGGGCUUCACCUGAUUUAAUUGGGAACGGAACGGACACUACACACGAUACACACAGAGGGAGAAAAUGGCCGCUGUUGCCAUGGUGACUAUGAAGGAAGCGUCAUCUUCCUGCUCCCGUGCGGAACAUUCAGCCAAACACGAGGCGCAUGACUUCGGAAAGCCGUUCGAACAUUUUGUCAACGUCCUUGAUAGCGAGCUUAAGGUCAAUGUACUCGUUUGGUUCUUCGUCCUAGUACAAGUAGGGGCGCUACUUGUGUCCUGAAUUGAUUCGUGCGAGCACAUUGACCUUUGACCUCCAAUUAAUGCUCUUACUGGCUUUCCAUUGAAGACCUUUUUCCACGCUUCCUGACACACGUUUAUAAUUGGAUUCUAUUUUCUUUCUCCCGGCAUCUUGACGAGAUACACAAUCGGGUGUCCGGUGUCCACAUCUGCUUGUUCUUCUAGUAGUUUGCCAUUCAUCAAGUGUUUUUUUUUUUUUUGCACAGCUUUGUAGCUUGCCGAAAAAAUAUGGGGAGGGGUUCAACCCACUCCGUGAUAUGGAAAAGUAAAAUAUUUUAUAUGCAGCUACAGAUGACAAGUGAGUCAUUCCACAAAGCGGCAAAAGGUCAAGCAGACCCAGUGUUUUAAAAAAAAAAUGGAUCAUUUACCGUCUUUAUGAUAACAUUUGUACUUUUAUUUUGUACUUGGUCAAUUUUUUUUUUUUUUUUUUUACAUAAUCAACCGUAAUCUCUAGACACAGGCCCAAUCAAGUUAAGAUCAACAUAAGGGACCUCAUCGUUUUGUUUUUGUUAUGGUGCAAGGCAGACAACAAAAAAGGAUUUUCAUCUGUUUGGUGGCAUUUAGGUUCUUCCAUUCCCGCACAGCAACACCCAAAGGUGAAAGAAGGCAGGAAGGGCUGUUUGCAUGCAACAGGCAGAUGUAGCUCCAGAAGAAGACAGCGUCGUCCUCUGUGUAAUAAUUCUAAUGAUUAUUAGUCGUUUUAUGUGUACGAGCUUACGGAAUUGUACAAAAAAGGGAUCUCUCCUUUCCUCUGUAUGCUUUUGUAUUACCACAUAAAAAUAAAGUAAAGGAUUCUUUAAGUGCCUGAAUUUA